AUGGCUCAAACCCAACCAGAUGCCUUGGCCACAGCCACGGCCUCCAUGAUGGAUAGCAACGGCCAGGCGCAACAACAACAAAGUCUGUGGCGCAGGCUCUUUUCUGGCCGGGAGAAGGACAAUGGGGCUUCAUCUGCGCUAUCCGACGUGUCCAUCAAAGGGCAGGGUGCCGAGCAACAGGACGACACCAAGGCAGGCCUCAUCCGACGAGUUUCUCGAAAGGUGGUGCCCGGUCUCCCCAGGGCUCCGACCUUUAAGAGGCAACAAUCGGAGCUGCGGAGCAGGCUGGAACCUGUUCGUCCCACCCCGGCUGAGCGGAGAGCUGUCUCCAUGGAUAGACGCAUGCACGGCUCAAAUAGCGCUUUCACUCAGUCAAAUCCCAGAACCAGUGCUCCAGAUUUCUUGCACCACUCCCUCAGCGUCACGCCCUCCCCGCUCUCACGGCCCACAAGUCCUAUCGACGGCGUACUGGAUAGCACUGGGGAUCUGAGUGGCUUUGCUCUAGACAUGGACCUGGAUGACCAUGGCCCAGUGCGCGAUGCCGACGCUAGUUCCAAGCUGGAUGUCCAGUCCAUGACCACCUCCCAGUACGAUGCAAUGAUUGACGACGAGCUGGAGAGGAUAUGGAUUCUGAACCUGUCGAUGCACUUUCGCGAUAAGUCCAAGAGGGAAAAGUUCUUCGUCACCUACCGCGAACACGAGCACCUCUGGCGACGUGUCACCAUCUCGCUUGACUACCGGUGCGCUCCUGAGCCCUCGUUAGAAUUGGACCUGGCCCAUACCAAAUUCCAGCGUGACAAGAGUGCAAAGAUUUAUGACGCCAUUCGGGAAAGUCUUCCCGAUAUACAGUUCUACGACACUGUAACCAAUCUCAAAUUGGAGACCAAGGACGGGCGACUACACGUGCACGUUGUGGAAGAUGUCAAUGAAAUCAUCCAUUAUCCGUCAGUGCGCAUGAUCCAGCAUAUGAACUGUCGGCGAGUAAAGGAGCGAGAGAUCCAGUUUGACUCGCACAUGUCCGGGUUUGUAUACAAAGUUCGAGUCCACGGCAGGCAGCUCAUAAAAAAGGAGAUUCCAGGUCCAGACACGGUCGAGGAGUUCCUCUACGAAAUCAACGCGCUCAACUCCCUACAAGCUGCGAACAAUGUUAUCCAGUUCUACGGCGUCGUUGUGGACGAGAGGGAGGAACUCGUCACAGGUCUAUUGAUUAGCUACGCAGAGCGGGGAGCCCUCAUCGAUGUGAUAUACGAUCACGAUCAUUCACUACCCUGGCCGACUCGGGAAAAGUGGGCGAGGCAAAUUGUCACCGGGUUAUCCGAGAUCCACGAGGCUGGCUUUGUUCAGGGCGACUUCACCUUGUCCAACAUCGUCAUAGACAAGAACGAAGACGCCAAGAUCAUCGACAUUAAUCGGCGAGGUUGCCCGAUCGGCUGGGAGCCACCGGAGGCAACGCCCAUGAUCGAGAGUGGGCAGCGAAUUUCCAUGUAUAUCGGGGUCAAGUCCGAUCUAUACCAGCUCGGCAUGGUGCUUUGGGCCCUAGCAAUGCAAGAAGACGAGCCCGAGGCAUUCGGUCGCCCCCUGAAGAUCGACUCGGGCGUCCAGGUGCCGGCCUGGUAUAAACGCGUUGUCGAUACUUGUCUGAGCGUUAACCCCCGAAACCGACUCCACGCAUGCCAGCUGCUGUCCUGGUUCCCUGACCGCGAAGAGGAGAGCCACUAUGGCGCUCCGAAUGGGUCCUUUACUUCUCUGAACGACGACAUAAGUUCACGUCAUGACUAUAUCCCUGAUCAUUUCCCAAAUGGGGUCCCGCGCAUCAUGACCGUCCACCCGCCGAACGAUUGGGCAUAUGUCGGCUGGAAUGCCCAUUCCGUACCCGACGACUCAUAUUAUUACCCUGCGAGAGGGAGGUCCCCGCCAUCUCCGAUGCCGAGCAACCAGGGAGAUUACAAAUCCUUGCGGUAUGGGCCGAGGAUGCACACUUGGUCUGACACGUAUAAUCACGCACUGACGGUGCCGUCGGUCGGUAAU